AUGCAAUCGACCGAUCGCGACAGUACUCCUGCUCAGUCGUUCCGCGCAGCAUCCUCGCAUUCUCAAAUCCAUGUGCCGUUGAAUGAAGCCAAGUCAACAAGCUCACGGGGUGAUGGUCAGGUCUCUGGCUUGGAGCCAGAGUAUCCCACGUCUUGGAAGCUGGCGCUGAUCCUCGUCGGGCUUUCCGUCUCUCUUUUCUGCAUUGCAUUGGACAAUACCAUUUUGGCAACCGCCAUCCCUAAAAUUACCGAUCAGUUUCACUCCUUGGACGACGUGGGUUGGUACGGCAGCGCCUAUCUCCUGACAACCUGUGCGCUCACCUUGAUCUUCGGCAAGCUGUACACAUUCUACUCGACCAAAUGGGUGUAUCUAAUCGCUCUCGCAAUCUUCGAGGUGGGCUCCUUGAUCUGCGCGACAGCUCCUAACUCAAUAGCCUUGAUCAUUGGCCGAGCCGUGGCUGGGGUAGGGUCGGCCGGUUUGUUCUCUGGAGCUAUGCUGAUUGUCGCCCAAACAACACCGUUGGAACGCAGACCGGUCUACGCUGGGACGCUGGCCGGGAUGUAUGGCGUAGCUAGUGUGGCCGGACCGCUGAUGGGCGGAGCGUUUACCGACCAUCUCAGCUGGCGGUGGUGUUUUUACAUCAACUUGCCCAUCGGUGGACUGACCAUUGUGUUCAUUUAUCUAUUCUUCAAGGCACCGAAGUCGGUCAAGAGCACUUACGGAUUCAAGGAUCAAGUGGCCCAGCUGGACCUUCCAGGCACGAGCUUCUUUCUACCGGGUAUCAUCUGCAUGCUACUAGCGUUGCAGUGGGGUGGUACGGCCUAUGCCUGGAACAAUGGCCGCAUCAUCGCGUUGUUCGUCUUGUCUGGGAUACUCAUCCUGUGCUUCAUUGGAACGCAAGUCUGGGAAAAGGAUAAGGCCACCAUCCCACCAAGACUGAUCAAGAAUCGGAACGUCUGGGGCGGGGCAUUUUUCACUUUCUGUAUGGGCGGCUCUUUCUUCACCUUCGUCUACUAUCUCCCUAUAUGGUUUCAGGCAAUCAAAGGCGUGUCAGCUACCAAAUCAGGAAUCAUGAAUCUCCCCAUGCUACUAGGUGUCGUUGUAUUUGCUAUGAUAGCUGGAGUCUUGAUCUCGAUUUUCGGAUACUACACGCCGUUCCUGCUGGCCUCCCCCGUGUUCGCGGCCAUCGGUGGAGGCCUGCUCACAACGCUGGAGCCCAACUCCGGCGCGGCCCACUGGGUUGGAUAUCAGAUUAUUGUCGGGAUUGGUGCGGGUAUCGGCCUUCAGCAACCGAUGCUAGUUUGCCAGGCCGCACUCAGCCCGGCGGACGUGCCCAGUGCCACAGCCAUUGUCGUGUUCACCCAGACGCUCGGUGGGGCGAUCUUCGUCUCAGUGGCUCAGAAUGUGUUCCAGAACAAGCUGCGCGAGAAUCUGGGGCAUAUCCCGGGGCUGGACGUGCGACAGGUGAUUGGAGCCGGAGCGACCAUGCUACGCCACGUCGUGCCGGAGGAUAUGUUGCCGCAAGCUUUGGUAGCCUACAACUCGGCCAUAAUGCAGACCUUCUAUGUGGCUGUGGCGAUGGGGGCGCUAGCAUUGGUGGGGGCGUUGCCUAUCGACUGGAUCUCUGUCAAGGGCCGGAAGCUUGAAACAACAGCAGCGUGA